GCUGUUUCCGUGGCUGGUGCAGCGACGCCAAAAGCUGCUCUUCCGUCCCAUUAGAAAAAAUGGCUGAAGAGGAGGCCGCGCAAACUUCUGUGGGAAUUCUGCAAGAAAUUUACACUUCCCCGUUGAAUCUGAGCUUGUUGUGCCUUUGCCUGUUUCUGUUGUACAAAAUAAUUCGCGGAGACAAGCCUGCAGAUAUGGGUGAGGUCGAAGAACCGUUACCAAAACUAAAGAAAAGGGAUUUCACGCUAUCAGAGUUGGAAGAAUACAAUGGAGCGACAAAUCCAAGAAUUCUCAUGGCUGUCAAUGGGAAAGUGUUUGACGUUACAAGAGGAAAGAAAUUCUACGGUCCAGAGGGUCCGUACGGCGUGUUCGCGGGCAAGGACGCGUCCCGAGGGCUGGCCACGUUCUGCCUGGAGAAGGACGCGCUGAAGGACACUCACGAUGACCUCUCCGACCUCAACGCCAUGCAGCAGGAGAGCCUGAGCGAGUGGGAGACCCAGUUCACCCAGAAGUACGACUACGUGGGCAAGCUGCUGAGGCCCGGAGAGGAGCCCACGGAGUACACCGACGACGAGGAGGCCAAGGACAAAAAGACCGAGUAGCCCCGCCCGCCCCCGAGCCCCGCCCGAGCGUACGCGGCGAGCGCGCGCCUGCAGUACCGCAGCGCCAGCCCCUCCUUUCUGCCCCCUUACUGCGUUUAGCUGCCGUUGCUCGAGACGCUCAGUCCCCUGUUAGUACUAUAAUCUCACACCUCUCUCGUACCUUUCAUUCAGCCUGAUUCGCCUUCGGUUUCCCUGACGCUGUCUGACGGUAGAUUUAGGUUGGCGUGAAGUGUGUAGUUGCAGCAAUCUGAGCAUUACUGUAGUUUUUUGUGUGAACGCUGCAUUCACAGUUAAUGCUGUGGCAUUCAUAGUUGGUAGGUUGUGCGAUGGUUUUGAGUGCUGCGAUACCUUCGCAUGGGAACACUGCUCUAUUUUGUUACUGUAAUAUUGUGUGUCUGCCCAUUUGGAAAGUAUUCAAGUAUUUUUGAAUGAAAAUUUCUCAAUAUUACGUAGUUAUUAAAUACGUCGUUCGAUUGUUAAGAAUGUGAUCAGAUUGAGAACAGAAUCUCCACUAAGUCGGGAUUCAGUGAAACGGUUUAAAUGUCGGAGCGUAACAUUCCGUUAAAACUUGGCUCACGUGUUGUAGUGCGCAUUGUCGUUCCCGCACCGGGGUUUUUCCACUUUCUCAGCCCAGAAUAAACUAUUUUGGCCGCAUGUCAACAAAAGCUGGAAAGUAGCUCAAAGCCAAGCACUUCCACUUUGCCCUGUGGAGUUAAGUGACUGAAGGACCAGUGAAAUUACUGACCAACUCGCCCAUGACAUUUGGACCAUUUUUUUCUUUCUCGGCAGGCUGAUUAGGCUUCGGGGCGUUUCCUUGCACGAGUCAUUCGCCGUCUGAGGUUCGGUCCUUUCUCAUGUUGGAUUUUCGCAGCACGCAAAGAUUUAAUUAAAGGGAAGAGAUCAAACAAUACAAAAAAAAAAAAAUUAAGCAAAAAUGUCCGCUUGGAAAAUAAUGUGAAUCUUCUACCAGCUUCCUGUCAACUCACCGAAAGCUUGUGAAAAUAAAAGUCAUUUGCUGCUAUUUCAGCUGAUUUUCAUUUUAAACAUAUUCUCUCUGAUCAAGUUUCAGUGAUCAAAUGACACUUUCCUGUUGCGAACUUGGCUGUGCCAUUUUGAAUUUAAUUUUGUAAUAAAAACACAUGCAUUGUUCUUGCAUAUUCAGUUCUCACUUAAUUUGAUGCUCAGGCCUCUGGAUAGCGAGUUAAGCUGAAAGUCUCAGUAUAUUCCUGCUGUAUUUGUUAGUUCAGUGUUGAAAUGCAGGUUACGGUUGGUUGUGGGAGAGGCCGGGUCCAUCGCUUGUUAUGAUGAGCUUAGACAUGGCCCUUGAACGUGCCUUGGUCAUAAUAUGAAUUUGCUAAGUUUGCGAAUCUGCUGAGUAUCAGAAAAAAGCGUACUUUUUAAUAUUGUUUGCUGGAGGUCCGUUUGAUCUAUAUUUGUCACAAGCAGUAGGAAUUGCACACUUUACUGGUAUAAAUAGCUGAAUGGUUAAAUAUGAAGGUUUUCCAGGCUUCUAGGUAGUCUUUAUCUGUACUUUAACAAUAUACUAUGCACACCAUAAUGUCAUUACAAAACACUUAAAUUCUUUAUUAAAGCAGAAUGAUAUUGGCAAUAUUGUAGUACUGUUGGCUUGACAAAAGGGUGAGUAAGUCUGUAACAAAAUGAGGUUUUCUCCUUGUUGGCCACUCUUAUAAUUAAGAACACCAGGAGUCUAAAGAUCAGUUCGCUCAGUCUCAGAAAUACAGUGUAAGGACGAGGCCUCAGAUGCUAGUUUGUCACGGAAAGAUUCAUGCUAACUAGUGCCAGUGGCAUUCUGUUUAUGACUUUGUGUGACACAUUUUAAAAUUAUAUUUGCCACAUUUCUCCUCUCCCUUUGUAAUUAAUAAAAUAAAACAAAUCCUUAUCCUUAAUGUGAACCCAAAGUCACCUUUGGGAUAUAGUUUUUUUUUUUUUUUUUUAAUUUGAGAUUAAAAGUAAAAAGAGACUUUUUUUUCUUUUUAUUGUGUUUACUGCUGAUUAAAUUGCUAUUGCUCAGACUGAUGCUAAUGGCUAACCAAAUAGAUGGAUUUUCAUGAACUUCCCGAGAUUAUUUCAGUUUUUUAAACAUCAAAACAUGCAGUUUUGUUGUGCUACUAAUUUCACCUUCACAUUACAUGGAAUACUUUAUUUUGGAAAUGUGUUUGUUUUGCCAUUGUCCAGAAUUGAAUUCUGCAAAAGAUAAAAAAGGAAAAAUAAUCAUGCUUAAUGUGUUUUGGGUGGUAAUAAACCACCCCUGGAGCCUCCCACCAAAUCCCGGUGUCAAAAUUAAUGUUUAGUGCCCCAAUCCUAAAGAGCCUUACUUUGAAAAUGUACAAUGAUUAAGGGAAUGAUUUCUGAAGGACUACAAUACUCAUGAUCUGUUUACCUGCUUUGGGACACACAUUGGUGUUCACUGGUGUCUCAGAACUGUGGUGAAUGACGUCUACAUUUAACAUUUGCGGUUUAAACUUCCAUGUAUAUCUAAAAUGAAUUAAAGCUACCUUUACAAACCUCUG